CAGACGGAACUAUCACAGAAUCUGCAACAGCUAUCGGAGAAGGCCCGAUCUACGACAGAAUUCAUCCAGAGGCUCAAGAGCAUGACAGAAAAAAUUGGGGAGCAUUGCGCCGAGUUCGAACAGCUGGUGAUCCACGAAUGCGACCUCCUGAUGUCCGCCCUGGAAGCCAGGAAGCAGGAACUAGUGGAGUUCGUGAAGCAGCAGAAGGACUCGAAGGUGCGGUCGCUGAAGGAGCAGGUCACGGCUUGCACUGCCAAACUCCAGCACACAACGGCCCUCAUGCAGUUCUGUAUCGAAGCCCUCAAGGAGAACGACUCUGCUGCUUUCCUACAGAUUGGUACCAUGCUAAUUAGUCGAGUUGCCAAUGAAGACAUGAUCUGGUAUCAAGAUCAUAAUCUUGCUUCUCCUAGGGUGUCUCCCUAUUGUGACCUGACCCUUGAUCACAAACCAGUGCAGCGGGCCAUCGACCAGCUCAACUUCAUCCAGAUGAAACCGCCCAACGCUCCUAUUAUAAUCCCCGAGGAAUGCAGUGCUGAAAACAACAGUGUUACUAUUGCUUGGCAGCCACCACAGACCUCAUAUAUCGAAGGAUACAUCUUAGAACUGGAUGAUGGGAAUGGUGGAGAAUUCAGGGAAGUUUACUGUGGGAAAGAAACAAUUUGCACCGUUGAUGGACUCCACUUUCACUCAAUGUAUAACGCUCGUGUGAAGGCAUUCAACAGUACUGGUGAGGGGGAGUAUAGUGAACUCAUCGGACUUCAAACUGCAGAAGUGGCUUGGUUUACUUUUGAUCCGUGUUUGAGUGGACCAGAUCUUGCAUUUUCUGAAGAUAAUUGCACAGUUACCUGCGAGGGAUACGAACACCGAGUUGCCCUUGGAAGUGUUGGCUUCUCGCGUGGAAUUCACUACUGGGAGUUUUCAAUUGAUCGCUACGACACAGACACAGAUCCGAGCUUUGGUAUCGCCAGGAUAGAUUCUGCAAAAGAUCAGAUGCUAGGUAAAGAUGAAAAAGGAUGGAGUAUGUACAUAGAUAGACAGAGAUCAUGGUUUGUGCACGCCAACACCCACGAUCAGCGAUGUGAGGGAGGAAUUACUACAGGGUCGACAGUGGGCGUCCUCCUUGAUCUUGACAGGCACCAAGUCAGCUUCUAUGUUAAUGAAGAACCACACGGCCCCAUUGCUUUCCACAACUUGUACGGUGUGUUCUACCCAGCGGUGAGCGUCAAUAGAGGAGUCACCGUAACGCUACACACAGCUCUUGACCUCCCUUCAGAUAUUGAAGAUACUUAA